AUGUCGGAUGACAUGGCACACGACAUUGCAGAAAAACUUGGUGCUGAUGCGUUGUUUCAAUGGCAAGAACGAAAAGAGACAGCUUGCAAAUCUACGGGUGGUAAAGCUCUGCGUAAACAGCUUGCCAUGAGAGCAGCUCGUAAGAGCGCUCCUGCUACAGGUGGGGUAAAGAAGCCUCACCAUUACAGACCCAGCACUGUAGCUCUGCGAGAGAUCCGUCGCUACCAGAAAUCUACUGAACUGCUUAUUCGUAAGUUGCCUUUCCAGAGACUCGAGGUCAGUGAGGCUUACUUGGUCAGCCUGUUCGAAGACACCAACCUGUGUGCCAUCCACGCUAAAAGAGUGACCAUGAUGCCCAAGGACAUCCAGCUGGCUCGUCGUAUUCGUGGGGAGUGCGCCUAA